AUGGCUACAGUGCGAAUUUGUGUUUGCGGAGAUGAGGGCACUGGAAAGUCCAGUCUCAUCACAUCACUUGUGAAAGGGGUCUUUGUGACAAACAAGAUUCAGCCAAUUUUGCCCCAGAUCACGAUUCCUCCCACGAUCGGAACCCCCGAGAAUGUCACGACAACUACCGUGGUGGACACUUCUGCUCUCCCUCAAGAGCGGAGUAAUCUGGCAAGGGAGAUCCGGAAAUCAAACGUGAUUUUGCUUGUAUAUUCAGAUCAUUACAGUUAUGAACGAGUGGCAUUAUUCUGGCUUCCAUAUUUUCGCUCUUUGGGAGUCAAUGUACCCGUGGUACUGUGCGCCAACAAAUCCGAUCUCGCCGCGGGUCAUAGUGAAGCACAAGUUAUCGAGGAAGAGAUGUUGCCGUUGAUGGCAGAAUUCAAGGAAAUCGACUCAUGCAUUCGGACAAGCGCGCGAGAACACCGCAAUGUGAACGAGGCUUUCUUUCUCUGUCAAAAGGCGGUCACCCACCCAAUUGCGCCCUUGUUCGACUCCAAGGAGUCGGCUCUCAAACCGGCAGCUGUCGCGGCAUUACAACGGAUUUUCUACCUCAGUGAUAAGGACCGUGAUGGUUAUUUAUCUGAUAAGGAGCUCGAGGAUUUCCAGAUGAGAUGUUUCGAAAAGCCAUUGAGUGAGGAAGACUUGGUGCAUAUAAAAGAAACCAUCCAGAAGACACAUCCAACUUCUGUGACCCCUUCUGGUAUUGAUUGCCGGGGUUUUAUACAUCUUAACAAGAUGUAUGCGGAGAAAGGGCGCCAUGAAACCGUCUGGAUCAUACUACGGGCUUUCCAGUACACUGACAAUCUCUCGCUUCAAGAAAGCUUUCUCCAUCCCAGAUUUGAGGUCCCACCGUAUGCGUCUGCUGAGCUUUCCCCCGAAGGAUAUCGAUUUUUCGUGAAUCUCUUCCUCCUCUCGGACAAGGAUAACGACGGUGGAUUGAACGAUGCCGAAUUGGCGUCGUUAUUUGCGCCAACCCCGGGCUUACCCGCUUCAUGGGCAGACGGCUCAUUCCCAUCUUCUACUGUUCGGAAUGAAGCCGGUCAUGUUACACUUCAGGGCUGGCUUGCGCAAUGGAGUAUGACUACAUUUACAUCCCCAAAAACGACCUUGGAAUAUCUGGCAUAUCUUGGAUUUGAAUCAUCCGACAGAAGCAAUCCUUCUACAACGGCUGCAUUAAAAGUAACUCGGCCACGAAAGCGAAGAAAGCGCCCUGGGCGGGUGGGUCGUAAUGUUGUACUCGGUCAUGUCCUUGGGCCUCCUGGCUCAGGCAAGUCUGCGCUUCUCGACGCCUUCCUUGCGCGCGGCUUCAGCACUACAUAUCAUCCUACAAUUCAACCCCGUACUGCGGUCAACACAGUGGAGCUGCCGGGGGGUAAACAAUGUUACCUGAUUCUGGACGAGUUGGGUGAGCUAGAGCCUGCCAUAUUGGAAAACCAGGUGAAGCUAUUGGAUCAGUGUGACGUGAUUGUGUACACUUACGACUCCUCGGAUCCCGAUUCAUUUGCGUAUAUCCCCGACCUGCGAUCCAAAUACCCUCAUCUUGAGGAGCUUCCAAGCGUGUUUGUUGCUCUCAAGGCUGAUCUCGAUCGGACUACCCAACGGGCUGAGUAUCAACCGCACGAAUAUACUGCAAUGUUAAAUAUGCCCAGCUCACCUCUCCAUGUCAGUGUGACUUGGAGCUCAAUGCAAGAGGUCUUUGUCCAUAUCGCUGAAGCAGCUAUGGAGCCUAGCACGGCGUUUCCACGGAGCGAGGAAGACGUUGAGGGUAAAUGGAUGGCUUGGGGAAUUGCACUGGGCGCUGUUGUCUGUGCUGGAGCAGCCGCGGUAAUGAUUUGGCGACGGGUGAUUUUGCUGCGCUUCUCCUUAGAUGACGGCAUUGUUGCGACUUUUCUCUUGCUGACUUCGAACCAGCGUCCUACCCCCGCCUCCGCCUCGCUAUACCGUACCGGUUGCGUACGCAGCUGGCGCGUCGAAUGGCAUGGCAGUUCCAGUCGUGGAGACCAACAACAUAAUCAGCCAUCCGGAGGGUGGUUGUCCACUGCAAGUUGGAGAAGGUGUGUUUGCGACAUGGCGCAAGGUCCCUCAUGCGCAUCGGAGCUCCAGUGUUAUCGAGCUUUGUAUCAUGCUAAUGCUGGUUUUGCGAUAGGGACUUACCGCCUCAAAGAUGACCUGCACCUCGCAACCCCUCCUCCACAUCCUUCGGAGGCCCCCGUCGUAAAUCCUAAUCCUCUUGCGACUGUUCCAACACCCCCAACAUCGGGCGUAAAGCUAUCGCUGGUUAGUGUUGGCCAACGAAACAAGAUCCCUGUGUUUACCUCGAAUGAGAAGGUGACGGCGCCGCCAUUCGCAGAUGGCAACCCUGCUUUAGCGCCCGUUCCUACGAAGGAUGGCUUGAAGAGACGGAAGCCCAAGAAUAACAUCAUAAAGAGCAGUUCGUCAUUUGUCUCACGGGUCAUCACUCAUGAAGCUUCUUCCAAACGACUCAAUGAUCGGAACCCUGAUGGUCUGUUCGCCUUCGCUAAUAUCAAUCGGGCAUUCCAAUGGUUGGAUCUUAGCUCAAAGAAUAAAGAGGAACCGCUGGCGAAAAUCCUCUUCACCAAAGCGCAUAUGUUGACACAUGAUAUCAAUGAACUAACAAAAAGUUCUUCUCAUAUCGACAUUGUUAUGGGCUCGUCGGCUGGCGACAUAAUCUGGUACGAGCCUAUCUCCCAGAAGUAUGCACGGAUCAACAAGAACGGAGUUGUCAGCAAUUCUCCAGUGACUCACAUUAAAUGGAUUCCGGGGUCAGAGAAUAUGUUCAUGGCUGCGCAUGCAAAUGGACAAUUGGUCGUAUAUGAUAAGGAGAAGGAAGAUGCGCUUUUCACACCUGAAAUUAGCAAUCAUUCGGCAGAGGCGAUCAAAGCAUCUAGUCGACUACCGCUACAGGUGCUGAAAUCCGUAAACUCCAGAAACCAGAAGACGAAUCCCGUUGCGUUGUGGAAACUUGCCAAUCAGAGGAUCUCCCAGUUUGCCUUCUCGCCCGAUCAAAGGCAUCUGGCUGUGGUUCUAGAGGAUGGAUCGCUACGCGUGAUGGACUAUCUCAAGGAAGAGGUCCUAGACAUUUUCCGUAGUUAUUAUGGAGGCUUGAUAUGCGUUUGCUGGUCACCUGACGGCAAAUACAUUGUGACAGGUGGCCAAGAUGAUCUGGUUACAAUAUGGUCAUUUCCGGAGCGCAAGAUCGUCGCACGAUGCCAAGGGCACAAUUCCUGGGUCUCUACUGUUGCAUUCGACCCAUGGCGUUGUGACGAGAGGACAUACCGGUUUGGGAGUGUUGGGGAUGAUUGCAGGCUGCUACUGUGGGAUUUUAGUGUAGGCAUGCUGCAUCGCCCUAGAGCUCAUCAAGCUAGUGCCCGGCAGCGGACCAGUAUGAUUGCAAGCAAUACACAGCAUUUCAAUCGGCACAGAGCCGACAGUGCAAGCAACCGGAUGAGGUCGGAUUCUCUACGAACUGCAGACACUUACAGUGAUUAUGACUCUGCGGUCCGUCAUCCCGUAGAACCUAGGGCUCGGACAGCCCUAUUACCACCAAUAAUGUCAAAAAUCGUCGGGGAUGACCCUAUUUGUUGGUUGGGCUUCCAAGAAGACUCAAUCAUGACGUCUUCUCUUGAAGGUCACAUUCGCACCUGGGAUCGCCCUCGAGAAGGUAUCAAUGAUAGUUACAACGGUAACACCUCGUCGCCCGCGAUCAGCACCAGUGCCGCCGGGUCUGGGUCGGGCAUAGCAGACUCGGUCAUGGGCUCAUUGUAG